CACAGAGAAACCCUGUCUCAGAAAAAAACAAAACAAGACAAAACAAAAAGCAGGCACACUUCCUGCCCUGGUGCGCAUGCUCUUCUUUUGCAAGCAGUGCACUCUCUUGAUCCAGAGUAAAGUUUUGCUCUGUCCAGACACUUCAAUCGGUGUGGCAGCCUUUAUUUGCAGCCCCAAACUUAUUUCUAACAGCAGGAUAAUUUGCUGUUAGCAUACCAAGACUAUUUCUGAUUGUCACCUCAACAACUGGGAACUAACAGUCUCCAGGCUUGCCACAAAGGAGAGCUCCACAUAUUUGUGCUGUGAAUACCAGGAGACCCAGAAACAGUUGUGCAACAUGCCUUGACAUUGAGUUGAACAUCUAAAAUUAGUCCUGCUACAAUCAGCAGUUGGGAACAGGAUUUCAGCAGUGUAUUGCAGUGUUAAGCAGACACUGAAGAGUUAGAAGGAACUCCCAAGCAGUAAAGUUCAUAUAAACCUAGUCGCAAAAAUGGCAUCCUGGUUAUAUGAAUGUCUUUGUGAAGCUGAACUUGCACAGUAUUAUCCUCAUUUUACUGCACUUGGUCUUCAGAAAAUAGAUGAGUUAGCCAAGGUUACAAUGAAGGACUAUUCCAAAUUGGGAGUCCAUGAUAUGAAUGACCGCAAACGUCUUUUCCAACUUAUCAAAAUCAUUAAGAUUAUGCAGGAGGAAGAUGAAGCCCUUAGUAGCCCAGAGCACCCUCUUCAGACAAGCAGCCUGUACAGCAAGUCUCAGGAAUUUAGAUCUGGUCCCCGAAGACAACUGCAUUUUGAUUCUCCUGCUGGUAGCAAAGCCAGAACAGUCUGCAGCGAAGUGUGCAACUUAUCAGGCUUCUCUGUAGAGGAGCAGAAGUCGAAAGUGCUGGGACACAUGCUACCUGAUGACUCCCAGGACCGGACAAAAAUAAGAACCCUGAAUGCCUCUGCUGCUGGUGCUUAUAUGCAAACAGAAACUGACACUCCCCUCUUUUCAUCAAAUUACUUUUCUCCAAAACUAGGAAAUGGUGAUAUCCCUGUUAUUCAAAGAGUCUCUCAUGUUUUGGGGUAUAACUAUGGAAUCCCUCAUUCUUGUGUCAGACAGAUCACCUCAGAGAAUCCGUGGACUGAAAUGGAGAAAAUCAGAGUUUGUGUUCGCAAACGGCCGUUAGGUGUGAGGGAAGUACGUCGUGGAGAAGUUAAUAUUAUUACUGUAGAAGAUAAAGAAACUCUGCUUGUACAUGAAAAAAAAGAAGCAGUUGACCUCACACAGUAUAUUCUUCAGCAUGUGUUUUAUUUUGAUGAAGUCUUUGGUGAGACUUGCACCAAUCGAGAUGUAUACCUGAAGACUGCUCACCCGCUCAUUCAGCAUAUUUUCAAUGGAGGCAAUGCCACUUGCUUUGCCUAUGGACAAACAGGCGCUGGGAAAACCUACACCAUGAUAGGAACUCAUGAAAACCCAGGGUUGUAUGCUCUGGCUGCCAAAGACAUCUUCAGGCGGCUGAAAGUGUCAAGAAGGGGCCUCUGUGUGUGGAUCAGCUUCUAUGAAGUCUACUGUGGACAGCUUUAUGACCUCCUGAAUGGAAGAAAACGGCUUUUCGCAAGAGAAGAUAGCAAGCAUGUGGUGCAGAUAGCCGGCCUUCGAGAGCUCCAAGUGGACAGUGUGGAGCUCCUCCUCCAGGUGAUCUUAAAGGGCAGCAAGGAGCGCAGCACGGGGGCCACUGGCGUCAAUGCAGAUUCCUCCCGAUCCCACGCUAUCAUCCAAAUUCAGAUCAAAGAUUCGGCCAAGAGGACAUUUGGCAGGAUCUCUUUCAUUGAUCUGGCAGGCAGUGAGAGAGCAGCAGAUGCCAGGGACUCGGACAGACAGACAAAGAUGGAAGGCGCGGAAAUAAACCAGAGUCUUCUGGCUCUGAAAGAAUGUAUUCGAGCACUGGACCAGGAACACACCCAUACGCCUUUCAGGCAGAGCAAAUUGACUCAGGUCCUGAAGGACUCUUUCAUUGGCAAUGCUAAAACUUGCAUGAUCGCCAACAUCUCACCAAGCCACAUAGCCACAGAGCACACACUGAAUACCUUGCGCUAUGCUGACCGGGUGAAGGAGCUAAAGAAAGGUGUUAAGUGCUGUGCUUCAGCCACCAGUCGACGGACGUCUGCAAACUCUUCUCCAAAACGAGUUCAGAGCUCCCCUGUUGCCCUGCCGGGGGACAAGUGCUCCCCCAAAAAAGUUAGACUAGGACUUCAGCAGUCACUUGCCGUGGCCUCAGGCCCCACAAGACUUAAAGUCCACCCUUUGGCCAGCCAUGCUGCCAAUAUCCCCUUUGCCUCUGGACCUAAAACCCCCAGUAAAAGGGGUAGCUCCCGAGGGAGUCCUGCCCCGGAGUGGGACACAAAGACUAGCCCUUGGAAAGGAACCAUGAGGUCUGACCAUUUGAUCAAAAAGGGAGCAGAAGAGUCAGCACCAUUGUGCUCUGAGAAAAGUCACAUUGUCAGCAAGACUUCUAUUGGAUGGGAGAGCCGGGCCUCGGGCCCAAGAGAAGGCCUACUGUGUGUCAGGAUGCCUGCCAGAGGGAAGAAGGUGCAGCCCGUACAGCCCGUGCAGAAGCAGCUGCUGUCACGAGCUCGGCUCCCUGGCAACAGCCACCAUUUAGAAGCCAGUCAGGACAGCAAGGUGGGCACACCUGCCAGGCUUGCCCUCGAAGCCUGGACAAACUGUCUUCCCCAGCAGAAGGAAAGGGAGGAACAUUUGAGGAUUUACCACCAGCAAUUCCAGCAACCACCACUCCUCAAGCAGAAGCUAAAAUACCAACCACUGCAAAGGCUUUUGUGUCAGCACAGGCCCUCAGAAAGUCAGCUCCCGAAUGAGACUGUUUCUCCCCUACACUCUAGUCCUGAGAGCCAUGAUGGAGUCCAGGCUGAGGACCAGGACGACAGUGAUUUCAGUGAGGAUUCUUUCUCACACAUGCAGAAGACCACCUUGGAGAAGAGCGGAAGCUCAUUCUUCCUGCAUCAGAACAGGGAGCACAACCCUGAGGAGCAGGUGGCAGAAAGGCAGCAGUGUUUGCGCUUCAGCUCUGAGACGGAUGGUGAUGAGAGAGGGCCAGCUGACAGCUGGGUGUGUUCCAAGGAGCCUAUCAUAAACCACAGAAAAGGAGCAUUCAGUCAAAGCCACAGCCCCAAAGAGGAAGACUCUGCCUCCUCAGGGCCUUCUCCUAAGGACAACCUGGCCCAGAACCCUUCCUCCUCACAGGUAGAUUUUGGACAUCACCAAGAAAUGGGUGGAGCUCAAGCCUUUGACAUCAGACUGGAGGCCUUCAGCAGUGAGGUUCCUGGGCAGGCUGAGAGCAGCUUGCCAUCCCCAGAAAAUGGGCUGUCUUUCCCACUAUCCCACAUUGCAGUUUCUGGAUCCCCAGACCUAAGAGACAGAGAAGUCAGUAAAGACAAAAUGACACAGGCACCAGGAACAGUGAGCAGUAGUGCUCCUUUCCAAGAAGACUCUGAAGAGCACUUCCAUGCGUGUUCUGCAAAUGCCUCUGGACUCAUGGCUCCUCUCACUAUGUCCCUCCUGGAGACCCCCAAUCAGGAGGACCCUUCUUCCUUGGAGCAGGUUGCCCAGGAUGGAGCUGGACAUGGUCUCAUGGCUGAGAUCAUAGGAGGGCCUGGGGUGGGACAUACAGUAUUAUCUUGCACUCAAGAGGCUGCCUUGCCAGUGUCUUCAGCAACUGCACACCUAUGGCUGUCCUCAUCUCCCCCUGACAAUCGGCCUAGUAGUGAUCUUCCAGCUCUGUCCCCGUCACCUAUCCAUCAGCAUUCACCCGACAACCCGUCUACUAGGGGGGCCUGCCAGAGCAGAAGGCCUGCACUCCUGCCCCACAAUCAUGUGGGUGGUGAUGCGGACGAUGACAGUGCUGACGAGACUGAACCGGGGCGCUCCUUGUCAUUCCCAAGGAAGCUCUUCUCCAACAUGCACGCUGGGGUGCCCUACUCCUCACCUUUGCUCGCCUCAUGUACAGGAAGUAGUCGUGAGGCUGGCAGUCCCUGGGCCCAGGAGAGAGGGCAUCCUGCAGGGUUCAGCUGGCAGGAGGGUGUUUCCUCCACAGACGCCGUCAAGCCCUCAGACGAGGACAUCUUGUGGCUCAAGCACAGGCCAAUCUCUUUAGACACUCCUGUGGUCCCCAGCUGUUCUCCCAAGGCCUCAGGGACACUCUGUCCACUCACGCUGGAGCAGGCGAAGCAGGCGGUCAUCUGUGCACACCAGGAACAGCUGGAUGAAAUGGCAGAGCUGGACUUCAGGGAGGAGACCUUAAUGAACCAGAUGGAUUCCAGUGAUUUUGAGGAUUUCGUGACCCAGCUGGACAAAGUCCUGGCCCUGAAGUCCAGGUGCAUACAGAGUCUGAGAAGCCAGCUGCAGCUGUGUCUCACCUGCCACAGGCCCGCUGCAGCUCCCAAGAGAACCAACCGUGCUGUCUUAGAGGAAGACUUACCCUGGGUUCCUGCGGACAACCACUCUCUGUCCUGCCUCUAGCCACACAUCACACAUGGCCUUGGAUGGCCACACUACUCAGGGACAGACCUCAUCUUACCUCAUUUCCAACUAUAGGACCCCCUAUAAGAAAGGACCAGGCCAAAGACCUUCAUGUCUCCUUCUCUUUGGGGCUCAGAGUUUGCUUUGUUGACCAUGUCUGUAGGAAUAUAUUUGGUCUAAUAACGGUAGAUGUUCCUAAGUUUGAGGAUGAAAUCGGGGUGUUCAGUGGUAACCUAGGGGUCAGAGAUUAGGGACGACAUGCUCAGUCAACAGCCGUAUUGCCUUUCUCCUUCAAAGACUACAGCAUUGGUGCCAGGCAGGCAGUUGAGUGAGCGCCUUCCCACCAAAGUGGAGAUUUAGUUUUGGAAAAUAUAAACUGAAUAGCUCGAUGCCUUAAGAGCAACUGGGUUGGGAGUUAGGCUUUAUGCUUGCGGCUCCUUUCCCUGGAACCCAGCUUUGAGAUUAGGGUAGGGGCUGUUGGCAGCACAUUUUUCUCAUUUUUGUUAAGACAACAGACCUAUGGACAGUACCUACUAGGCCUCAUUUUUUGUGGCAAAACCUAGCUCCUGUCUAUGACUCCUCACUCCCUGUCCCUCUGAAUAAUUAUGAUGGAGGAUCUCAGAUGAGUCCAUUGCCUAGACUGAAUUUCCAGGACACCUGUGCCAGCCACACUCAAAAGCCAGCCUUUGGUGUCUUGGUAGAGUGUGUAGUCAAUAGUCUGAACCUUCAGAUACAGGAACAAACACACUGUACUCUUCAAAUGAAUUCUUGCUGUAUACUGUGUGUAGGGCAGGUGUUACCCACAUUCUCUGCUGUUUCAGUGGCUGAUUUGGCUAGACUAAUUAGACAAGUCCCAUGGGUCAUCCUGUCUCAGAGCUCUGUAUAGACCAGCUUAUAGAGAUCCGCCUGCCUCUGCCUCCCAAGUGCUGGGAUUAAAGGUAUGCAUGUAAACCAUGACAUCCAGCUGGCCCAGGCUUUCUGCAUAGGUGCAUUUACUGAUUGAACCAUCUUCCCAUCUCCUGUAUCACCUUUUAGUGACAGAAAGCACCUCAGGAGCCUCCAAGAGUCCAUUAGUUUUAGAGGGCUCCCUGAGUUAACCUAGGUUUCAUGUGUUACAGUGUGGACCCAGGAGCCAUUAUCAUAUGAAUUUAAGAACUUUCUAAGGUUUUAAGAGUUAUGUCUAAAAGACCAAGAUAAACCAGGUAUGGCAUUGCUCACUUGUAAUCCAGCAUUUGGGAGGCUGAGGCAGAAUGAGGACCUUGAAGCCAACAUGGGCUGUAUUAAAAGGCUCUACAGUGGGCCACAGGCAGUGCUUGAACUAGCCACCAGAGGGCAGCCUGUUCCUAGCUUAGGCCUGUACAGAACCUCAGAUGGCCACUAAAAACCACAGACCAAGAACUCCAUGGGAUUCUACUAAAGGUAAGAACUAGAAGCUUUAGGUAUUCUGUCAGCUGCACCAAUGCCACUGAGAACUGAAAAGCACUUUAGCCUUGCCUGUGGCUGUAUUCAUGGUGGCAUAUACAGGCAAAAGGAAUCCUCCCCUCCCCCAGGAGCUGAGGACCAAACCCAGGACCUAGCAACCCCAGAUUUGUUUGCUUUUGUUUUUCGAGAGAGUGUUUCUCUGUGUAGCCCUGGCUGUCCUGGACCUUGCUAGACCAGGCUGGCUUGAACUCACAGAGAUCCACCUGCCUCUGUCUCCCAAGUGCUGGGAUUAAAGACGUGUGCCAUCACCACCCAACCAACUUUUCAUUUUUUAAAGAAUACCUUGAAGCCUAGUCUGCUCCUCUCUACUUUGGCAAGAAAGCAUAUGCCCUUGGUCCAGAGACUGCACUAGAUCAGGCUUAAAGGUUUAGAUCUUUGUUUGGUCUGUAUUUGUAAACCAAAAAACCAGAGAAGACAGUGUGGCCAGCUUUCGGGUCCCACAGGCCUCCAGUGGGAAGACUGCACUGAAAUGCAGGCCGGAAAUGGCUGGCACCUGCCGCCGUCCUGAGUCAAGCUGUUUUCCAAAAUGAAGAAGUUGAAGAAGCACAAUGGCGCCUUUUAGGUUUUUAUUAGUAGUUCUCUGAAGAAUCAAAAUAGUUAGCAAAUUGUUUUAGAUUCAAGACUGUAUUAUAUCCUUUGUAUUUAGAUCUUUAAUGGUGUAGAACAUAAUACAAACAAACCAGAGUGGUUUCUA